GAAGUCCGCCGCGGCGGAGGCGGAAGAUGGCGGCGGCGAAGCGGAGCGUCCUCUCCUCGUUGGCGGUUUAUGCUGAGGAUUCGGACCCGGAGUCGGACAGCGAGGCCGGCACGGCGGGAAGCGAUGGGGGAGCGGCUACGGGAGAGAAAGGAGGCCUCGUCUCGGUUGGGUACGGAGACGACGACUUCACCCGUCUGGAGGGGGACGAGGACGGGUAUGAAGAAGAGGAUGAUGAGAACAGCAGGCAGUCAGAAGAUGACGAUUCAGAGACUGAAAAACCUGAGGCUGGUGACCUAAAGGAAUUCUCAGAACUGGAGAAAAGAGAUCCUCAGGAGCUAGUUGCUUCUUUUUCAGAGAGAGUGCGGAACAUGUCUCCAGAUGAGAUCAAAAUCCCUCCUGAGCCUCCUGGCAGAUGUUCUAACCACUUGCAGGAUAAAAUUCAAAAGCUGUAUGAGAGGAAAAUAAAAGAGGGCAUGGAUAUGAAUUACAUCAUUCAGAGGAAAAAGGAGUUCCGCAACCCCAGCAUCUAUGAAAAGCUGAUCCAGUUUUGUUCAAUUGAUGAACUCGGUACAAAUUAUCCAAAGGACAUGUUUGAUCCUCAUGGCUGGUCAGAGGAUUCAUAUUAUGAGGCACUAGCUAAAGCCCAGAAGAUUGAAAUGGACAAAUUGGAGAAGGCCAAGAAGGAACGCACAAAGAUUGAAUUUGUGACUGGCACUAAAAAGGGUACAACAACAAGUGCUGCUUCUACAACAACCACAACAGCCAGUACCACUGUAGGAGAUGCCCAGAAGAGGAAGAGCAAGUGGGACUCAGCCAUCCCUGUAACAACGAUAGCUCAGCCCACCAUCCUCACCACUACUGCAACGCUGCCAGGUGUCGUCACAGUGACAACUAGCGCAAGUGGAUCCAAAACUACAGUCAUAUCAGCUGUUGGCACCAUUGUGAAAAAGGCAAAGCAGUGACUGGUGUGCUGUGCCUGGAUUUUCGGACUUAAUUGUCAUUGAAGCCAUUGUUCUCGGAAGGGAGGGGUAGCUUUCGCCUUUGGUAAAAGAUGACAAGAUUCUUUGAAACAGACCACAGUUCCCAUUUGAAAGAAUGGGGGCAGGAGCAGGCAUGCCAGCUGUGUGCCCACAGGAAUGGACCUCUGCCGAAAAUGCCUCUGCCUUUUCUUGCUGUGGGAAGAACCAGUCUCUGUGUGUUGUGCUGGAGGAAGGUGGUAUCUGGAGUCAGCUUGUAAAAGUUAGCUUAUUAAAUUACUGCGUUAGGGUCUUACCCUACUUGCAAGUCUGGUUUGGGGGGGCGGGGGGGAAAGGCAAGUAGUGAAGGAGUAUCAGUAUUACCCUUGUGUAUUCCAGGUCACGCUCAAAGGCUGCUAGCAGGUUGUGAUAUGUGCCUCCCUUGCAUACGCUCCAAGGGGAUUAAAGCAGAGACAAUUGGUUAGUGUCCAUCGUCAAAUGUGUAGCAGAGACUUGGAGUGAUCUACAUCUAUGAAUUUGGACUCACUCUUUGUUAUAGUACUGACAUCUGUACCUGUGUGCAUAUCUGUGUAGAUCUUUGUGACCACAUGUUAAAUAGUUGAACUAUUGAGGAAACUGUGCUGAAAUAGUCUUGUAAGAUUUCUAUGCAGAACCCACAAACUGUAGAGGUUUGAUUUGUGAACUCAUUUGCAAAGACCUGUGCAGAAAACUCUUCCAUUGCCAUGGAAUGAGACUGGACAGCAGAUAAGCAGAGGAGAGUGAUCUUAAUUGUGAUAUUGUCCAUCUUUGUACUAGGUAGUGAUGUACUGUGAAAUGCACACAUGGCAGUUACUGUUUGCUCCACUGUUGUGAAAAAGUAUUUUCAGUUAAAAAUUUUAUUGUAUAAAUCUUCUUACCUGUGUAGCAAAAGAUUAUUAUAAAAAUGGAAAAGUCUUUAAAAAAACCCUGGUGUCAUUCAUGUGUCUGCAUUUCUCAUCUCGGUGAGGGAGAAUCAGUAUCCAUUUGUUGUGCUUUGGUUUACAGCUAUCAUUAGGUGAGUAUGUAAUAAUUCUAUGAGAGUGGGGGUGGCAUGAAAGCUUUUUCACUUUUUUUUUUUUUUUUAAUCUCAGACUCUGGGGAAAAAAAAAUGGAGGAUUAAACUGAUUUUGACUGGAGAUACUUUUGUUGUAGAGGAUGUUCUGAAAUAGUUGGUAAUUCAGCUGUUCUUAAUGUUAUUUUUUUUCAAACCUAUUCCUGCAUCUUAAAUGUCUUCAAAAGGUACCUUCUAGUACUAGCACCUAGGUCUUUCAUAAAACUUUCAUCUAUAGCGGCUGAUCUCCUAAAAAGGAGGUCAACAGCAAUGAAGUGGUUUGCUCAUUGUUUUGAGGUAGGUGGGAUAAAUAGCUUGAAUGGUUCCAUUUGUGUAGAGAAACAGCUGCUAACAUGGACUUUUUUCUUCUUUGUAGUGGUCCCUCCAGAUUAUUUAAAUGGUCUUUAAUUCGUAGAUCAUAUUUUUCAGAUUCAGUAGUUGUUCUGUUUCCCAUUGUUUUAAAUUUCUACCCAAAGCCUGUUUUUUCUAGUGCAUAAGCAGUGAUAGGAAAGACACUUGCCAGAUCAACGAAAGUGUAAGUUUCUUAGAAUUCAGUGUUGCUUUUUCAGGUUUUUUUAUAUACCUUAUGUCACUCCUGAUCCAGACUUUGCAUUUAUGGAGACUUAAGGAAGAAAUAAGAGGUUGGUUUCCCGCUUUUAAAUCAUUUCAAAAUGUGCUAAACACUUUGUCCUGGCAGUCAUUUUAGCUUUAAAAAAACCCGAACUGUGUAUCCAGGAAUGCUCAUGGGGGAGAAACCAGGGAACUGAUGAGACUGUAGCAUGGGAAGUUGGGGAUGUGGUGGAAUUGCUCUUUUUAAAUCAAUAAAAUAUUGAAACACAUGAAAAUA